GUUUAUUUUCACCCUUAAAAUUUCAAUACGGGGCUGUCAAUUUUGGCGUUUAAUCUGUCAAAUAUCAGCCCCGUGAUGAGGUUUUUUAAAGUUUUAAUGAAGAUAAGUUAGAUUUUAGUGAUUUUAGCACAAUUAAAGUUCAAAAAUGAAUAUUGUUUGUGAGGAAAUCUUUGAUGAGACCAGUCACCCCUCUAUUGAAGAAAUUAAAGAUUAUGCUACAAAAUUGGGUAUAGAUCCUGAUUCAGAGCCUCAAUUGCUGCCUUUAGCUGCAGAAGGUCUUAUGAAAGCUUUACCACCUGGGUGGAAACCAUGCUACGACGACAAGAAGAAAUCCUACUACUACUACAACAACUUAACCAAAAAAUCGCAAUGGGAGCACCCGCUGGACGAUAUUUAUCGGGGUUUGGUGAAAAAAGCGCGCGCCGAAAGUCAGAGUUUAAGUCUGGGCGAGCCGACAGAAGACGCCACUUACGGGCGGGACGAACUGCCGAGCUACGAGGAACCCGUGAAUUUUGCCGCGUUGAAAUUCGAUAGGAAAAAAGAUGUAAAGUUGAGCCCGAUUAAGGUCAAGUCGCCACUGGAUAGUCCGAAAAAGUUGUUUACCAAGCAGAAAUCGGAGGAUUUAAUUAAUUUGGGGAAUAUUGAUGUUGAUGAGAUGGUUUCUGUGUUCAGUAAACACCCGAGAAGCAUCGAGAAGCCUGAGUUGAAAGUUAUAGGGGGUGGGUUGAGUUUCUUGAAGUCCAAGAAAAAGGAUGAUAGUAAAAAUGAUGAUACGCCGAAAAGUAUACUUAGAGAUAGGAUAGAACACUCUAAAAGUGUUGAAUUUGACAAGAUUUCGCUACUAGAUAAAUCUGAAAACGACGAGGACAAAAAAAGCGUACGUUUCAAUCUGGAAAGUACCGAUAACGCACUCACUUUUUCCGAUAAAAGUUUUAGCGAUGAAGACUUGAAAAACGAUAUAAUAAACGUUAAAUUAACCCCCUCCAAAUCCCGAUUUACUGUACGACCAGUACUUGAACCCACACUGAAAUUAAUAAAACCAAACCCUUCAGAUUUCAUCAAACCAAAACUUACAAUAAGCAAAAAUUCUGACUCUGAAGAAGAUUCGUUCAUCAAAAACCUUGAAAAACAAGGUAAGCACAAUCCAGAAGCAUUUUUUGAAGAAACCUCACCAGAUUCCCCAUCAGAAGAAAACAUGAAGUUCAAAUCCCGCAAACUGGAAGAAAAGGCGGAAAAGAAAGUCAAUCUCCUUAAACAAAGCAUCUGGGAGGAGAAAAAUGAGGAAAUAGUCAAGUUUAGAUGCAACCUAAAAGAAUCACAUAAUGCAGAGUUAGAAAGAAUACUAAUAAACGAAAAAACAGUACAAGAAGACAAAAUCAAAGCUGAAUUAGAAAACCUAAGGAAAGAAAUGGAAUCUAGAUCUGUAGGUACUCUGAAAUCAGAACGUUCUAAAAUGGAAAACCAUCUAGAAAACAUAAAAAAAGACAUUGAAAACAAACUUAAAAUUGAAGAGGAAUCAUUGAAAAAACAUUUUGAUACUAAAAAAGAAGAACUAGAAAAGUACUAUGAAGAAAAACUAGCAGACGUGGAGAAAGAAUUAGCAGAAAAAGUGGAAACAAAUCGCGAUGAAUUACUCCUAUCCCACAACUCUAUUAUAGAGCAGCUAAAGCAAAAUCACUCCAUUAUAAUAGAUGAAUUAAAAAGGGAAUUUCAACAAGAGGAAAAACACCUACGAAAAGAACACCAACUCCACAUGUCCGAAAUCAAGAACAAAAACGGAGACAAGGAUGCGGACACCACAUACGAGAAAUUGCGCUGCGAAAAACGCUUACUGGAAGAUAAAUACCGUUGCCUAAAAGAAAAAUACUUGCGUCUUAAGACAGAAGUUAAAAUAUCUAUAGAAAAACGCCACAAAAAGAAAGAAAGCACUACCACUAACACCACUGGCUCAGAAACUGAACAGAGUCAUUCCAACAAUAAGGAAAGGUCUCCUUUAAACUCCCCAAAAAAAAUUUCUGACAAACCUCCUACUCCGAAAUCUCAAGGCUUAAAAGAACAACGAAAUAAACCUCAUCUACAGGAUAUCGACACCUCGAUUAGUGAUCAUUAUCAAAGCGAAGAAAUCAACAAAAACGAGCCGGCAAACGAAUAUGAUUCGUCCGACACCAGCAUGAAUAACCCCGGUAGAAAUCGGAAAAGGGUUUUUUUUAGGCAAAAAAGUAACUCUGCGUCUAGAGUGAACGGUAAUAAGAAUAAAAAACCGCCGAGGGCGUGUUCUCCAGUGGAGAAUUUGAGGAGGCAACUGCAGAAAUUGGAGGAUUUGGAAGAUCAGUUUCCUCAAAAUCCACAAAGUGAUACAUAUCACUUGAGGUAUCCAUUUACUGAUGAUAAGAAGUUUGAGGGCAGUUCGGAGUUGGAGUUUUUUAGACACAGGAUACAUUUGGAAAGAGAUUCUAUUAAAAGAGCAAAGGAGAGUUUGAGAAGUCAAAAAACAGUGUUUCAACAAAGACAGAAAGAUUUAAAAUUGAAGCAUGGCUCAAUGGCUAGACAUACACUGCAGCAACUGUGCCAGGAAGAAAAGGAGAUAACUGACAUGGAGGUCUCUCUGCACCGCACCAGAAGCCUCCUAGGCGAAAAAGUGAUCCGACUGCGCCAUUUGGAGCAAUCACUUCAGAGAGCCAACUUCACAAAAGAACAAAAACUAGACGACGCAACAUUAAGCGAUAUUUCAUCACAUAGCGCGAGUUCAGGGAUUAGCUCAACUGAAUUCGCGACCGCCGACGCAAAUUACGGAAAAAGCAUCAUAAAAGCCGAACACUUUCAAGAGAGUUCGGAAAUAAUUCAGAGUUUGGAGAACUUGAAUUCGGAGAUAAGGGAGAUAUGGGAUGUUUUGAAAACUCAGCAACAACAUUCGAGUUUGGCUUCUGUCAUACCGCCUUUCGUCUAUCCAGACCUCGGUUGGCCGAUUUUGGCGGGCGCCGCCAACGUUAUGGCUGCGGCGGCCGCCUCGUCGGCGCCGCCGUCAAUACCGACGUUGGCCGACAGGUUGCAUAACUACCGGCAACAGGUGGCGCUCGCGAACGCUCAAGGUACAGUGGUUACGCAUGCGCACCAAGGCGCCACCACGACCUUGGUGGAAAGAACUAAAAACUUGAGGCACUGGUUGAGACAAAACGGCGCCGGGGACGUGGUUAAUGAAGGUAACAAUCUGCAGGCAAAUUUGUAAGAGUUUUUGGAAAAAUCAUAGUAAAAACUAGUCUAGUUAUUAUAGUAGGUAAUUAACAAAAUAAUAGCUAGAUUUAGUUGGUUUCAUAUUCUAUUUUACAGCCCCCUAAAUGUAGAUUAAAGUCCCUAUUUUAUAGCAUAACAUAAAACUUUAAAAUAAUACAUGUACUCAAUUUUUUAAUUGACAUUAUUAAAAGACUAAAUGCUUAAAAAAUGCCAAAGAAAUAAUAUUUAUUAAAAAAAAGUAUACCUCAUUUGCUUUAAACAAGCCAAAAAUUAAUCCAUAAGACUUAUAAACUAAUAAAGCCUUAUUUAAAUAUUCAAAUGGGGUGGUCAAUUUUUUAAGUACAUGUUAAGAAAAUAUCCACCCCAUUCCUAUGGUUAUACCUUUUUAAAUUUCCGAUUAAUUGUGAUAGAUUUUAUUAAUUUGCAUGGGUUGAGUUUUUGAGUCAGCUUAAAAGUGUAGACUCAAAAAAAUUGACCAUUGUAAUUGAGCAAUAUUUAAGAAUAAUUCUCUUGCUCACCAAUUAUUCCUUAAUUAUUUGACUGAGUGUAAUCUAUUUGUGAUGUUUUAUCUAUGAAAAAUUAAACAAAUUGCAAGAAACAAUUUUCUGGAUGACCUAUUUUGCUGUAGGUUUUAUCGCGCAAAAAUAUGAUCUUGCUGUUGUUUUUAAAUAUAUAAUUAAAAAUAAAUGUUUUAUUGCACAAUCUUUUAAGUGAGAUUGAGAAUAAGUAGAACUCUAUGAGCACAAAAUAAUAAGUUAAUCAAACUUUCUUCAUAAGUGAUAAAUAUUUUAUUGAAAUAGUACAAGAAAUUAUAGUGCCAAUGUUUAUUAAAUUCUAGUCUUCUAAUUUCUAGUCUAUUUUGCACAGAUUAUAAUGAAUGUACUAAUAAAUAAAACUCGUAAAGUAUAUUAAUUUUUUUUUAUUUUAUACAUAACCUUACAAAACAAGUACUCCAGCUUUCAACGCUUUACGUUCUUUAGCGUUCACUUGCGCGGCGAUUCUGUCCAAGUCUCUUCUGCCUUGUUGCGUCAAUUUUCUGCCACCAUCGGCGGAUUUCUCGAUCAAAUUCAAGGCUUCCAAGCUUUGCAAUGCUUUGCGGCCGAUGUUACCGGCGGAACGGCAAAAGUGAGAGGGUUUGGUUCCAUUACGUUUGCGGGUACCAAAUAUUUUGGUCACUGAGCCUACACCGACUGGGGAACGGAUGUAGAUGUGUCUUACUACUGCAGCGCAUCUUACAUAGUACCAGUCAGGGUCAUAGGGAGCCAAUUCCUUGGCGCGGGAAGUUUUAACAAGAUCUACCCAUUCUGGUACGCGAAGUUUGCCAGUUUUUUAAAAACUGGGCAAAAGCCUUCACAAAUUUGUGUUGGUCAACGUCCUUCAAAGUAACUGAGGGCAUUUUCUGCAAAAAAACACUCAAAUUAUUAUCUUAAAAUACAAUAAACACAUGUGUUGUAAUGGCCACCAUGCCUUUUUAUUUUAUAACUUAAAUUACAGAAUAUUAAAUCGUUAAACUGGUGUUACUUGUUAAUUUGUACAUUGAGAAUAGUUUUAAUUGUAUUAUUUGAAUAAAUACCUGUGUGGUUUUACUUUAAAUUAGUCAAAAAAUAAAUAGAAACUACACUGACCUGUCUAUUGUCACUCGCAGACAAGCGGAAAAGGAAAUCGGCAUUAGCAGGUAAGGCAGUUUACUGCUUUAUUUGUGGCGCGAAAUUUGAAUUUUUAAGUUUUUUGACGAUUUCUUGUACCUAUUUGUAUGGUGUUUUGGUGUGUAAUAAGGGUUUUUGGUCAAAUAUAUAAAUAAAAUUAAUGGAUUAAGAGAAAAUUUCGCUUUUAUUAUCGGUAUUUUCUACAGUUAAAUCUGUUUUUUCAGUAUCCCUUCUUUUCUUAUUUUUUGAUUUGUUCUUUUUACGUUUUUUUACCAAUUUGGCCUCCUCUUCAUCUGGAUCUAAACCAUCAAGGAUCCAUUGUUUUCUCUUAUUAAUCAUUUUUUUCUCAUAAAAAUCUGUUUCAUCUAAUUUUAUGUAAGCUUCACUCUUUGUUACUGAAACUUGGGUAAAUAUUUUACCCACUUCACUGUC